AUGGGAAUGUUGCAGAGAGUCGUCUCCGUCUGGGCGGUUGCCACAGCGCUGUGGCUGGGAGCUCGGGGAGGCGACGGGAGGAGGCAUUUCCACAAGAAGCAGAGGGAAGGGCACGCGGACGGCAGCGGCGGCGACGGCGUCGGCGCGGAUUCCAUCUCGACGCCUCCGGCGAACUCGCCAGCGCAGCCGAUAGUCCCGAGUGAUCCCUACGAUCCAGGCUCCGACGGCCCUUGCAUCUUCGACGUGACGUCGUACGGCGCCGCCGGGGACGGUUCCACGGACGACACGGCGGCGUUCCAGGCGGCGUGGAAGGCGGCCUGCGCGGCGGAGGACGCCGUCCUCCUCGUCCCUUCCGAUUCCGUCUUCAUGAUCCGCUCCACGAUCUUCUCCGGUCCCUGCCAGCCAGGCCUCGUGUUCCAGGUGAGAUCUGCGGCUGCAGCUGGCGAUAGCGGCGGUGGAUCGAGCUCUCCCGCGUCCUGAUCCUGAAACAUGAGAGGAUUUCGCAGGUGGACGGAGUGUUGAUGCCUCCCGAUGGGCCGGACUCCUGGCCGGAGUCCGACAGCAAGCGCCAGUGGCUCGUCUUCUACAGGCUCGACGGGAUGACUCUGAAGGGGGAAGGAACAGUGGAGGGGAACGGAGAGGGAUGGUGGAAUCUUCCCUGCAAGCCUCACAGAGUAACCUCCACCACUGACCUCCACUAAUCUCCCCCUUCUUCCUCUUCUUCUUCUUCUUCAUCUUCUUCUUCCUCUAGCUGCUGAUCAGGUUCCUUCUCCCGGCCAUGGCAGGGUCCCAAUGGGAGCACAUUGCCGGGGCCCUGCGACAGCCCCGCGGUAAGUACCUCACGGCUGCUUCCUUCGCUCGCCUCCUCCGACGACGACUGAACCGGGGCUCCUGCUCCUCCUCCGCAGCUGAUCAGGUUCUUCCUCAGCUCCAACCUCACGGUGAGAGAUCUGCGCGUCGAGAACAGCCCCCAGUUCCACAUCAAGUUCGACAACUGCGACGGCGUCCACAUCGAGGGCCUCUCCAUCAGCUCCCCUGCUCUCAGCCCCAACACCGACGGCAUCCACAUUGAGAACACGAAGGCGGUCGCCAUCUACAACUCCCUCAUCAGCAACGGUACCUCCUCCCCUCCAAUCUCCUCCUACGUCUGAAAGAGGACUGGAUCAUCAUCCUGAUCGCCGGAGUGCGGCGCAGGGGACGACUGCAUCUCCAUCGGCCCAGGGUGCUCGGGGGUGGACAUCGAGAACGUCACCUGCGGGCCCAGCCACGGCAUCAGGUAGGCACUAGAGCGGGUGAUCAGAGGUCUUCGCGCAGAGCUUCCGAGAUCGCCGGGACUGACCCGCCAUGGAUUGGAUCUGCAGCAUAGGGAGCUUGGGGGUGCACAACUCGCAGGCCUGCGUGUCCAACAUCACGGUGAGGAACUCGGUGAUAAGGAACUCCGACAAUGGGUUGAGGAUCAAGACCUGGCAGGGCGGGAUGGGAUCCGUCUCUGGCAUCGCCUUCGACACGGUGUUCAUGGAGAACGUGAGGAACUGCAUCAUCAUCGACCAGUACUACUGCUUCACCAAGGGUUGCAGGAACCAGACCUCGGCGGUGUACGUGACGGACGUCUCCUACGCCAACAUCAAGGGGACCUACGACGUGAGGAGCCCGCCGAUCCACUUUGCCUGCAGCGACACCGUGCCCUGCACCAACAUCACCAUGUCGGAGGUCGAGCUGCUGCCAUUCAAGGGGGAGCUGCUGGACGACCCCUUCUGCUGGAACGCCUACGGCGCCCUCCAGACCCUCACCAUCCCCCCCAUCCCCUGCCUGCAAGAGGGCGCUCCCCAGACCCUCCGGGAGAGCCUCGUCUACGGCUGCUGA